AUCUUCUUGAUAACUCCAUAGCCAUCCCCUGCAAUUCAGAGCAGAGCAGAAACAGAGCCUCCCCUGUUCUAUUCCCUUUCUCCGCCGCACUCCGAUGGCUUCCUUCUCCCACUCUCUCACCACACCUCCACCCUCUCUCUCUCUCCACACCCACAACAACCGCCUCCUCUCCGCCACCUCCCUCAUCCCCAAUCUCAUCAAACCCGCCGCCUUCUCUGCAAAUUUACACCUCUCCCACCGCCGCCGCGGCUUCACAAUCAAAGCCACCGCUGCUCCGAGCGUGAAGAAACCCACCGGCGAUGAGCGAGUCCAGCAAGUCCACAGCGCGGAGGAGUUCGAUGAAGCCCUUAAGAAAGCCAAGAGCAAGCUGGUUGUGGUGGAAUUCGCCGCUUCACACAGCGCGCAGAGCAGCCGGAUGUACCCGUUCAUGGUGACCCUCAGCAAAACGUGUAACGAUGUGGAGUUCAUUUUGGUGAUGGGCGAUGAAUCGGAGCAAACCAAAGAGCUCUGUAACAGAGAGAAAAUCGAGAAGGUUCCUCACUUCAGCUUCUACAAGAACAUGGAGAAGAUCCACGAGGAGGAAGGGAUCGGACCGGAUCAGCUGGAGGGCGACGUAUUAUACUAUGGCGACAACCAUUCAGGAGUUGUUCAGCUACACAGCAGGGAGGAUGUGGAGAAGCUGAUACAAGAGCACAAGGAGGAUCACAAGCUGAUCGUACUGGACGUGGGGUUGAAGCAUUGUGGACCUUGCGUGAAAGUCUAUCCCACAGUGAUCAAGUUGUCGAAGAAAAUGGACACGGCGGUGUUCGCCAGAAUGAACGGCGAUGAGAACGAGAGCUGUAUGCAGUUUUUGAAGGACAUGGAUGUUGUCGAAGUGCCGACGUUUUUGUUCAUAAGAGAUGGAGAGAUUAAAGGAAGGUACGUAGGGUCUGGUAAAGGAGAGCUUAUUGGUGAGAUUCUUAGAUAUCAAGGAGUUCGUGUUACUUAUUGAAUUUGAGGGUUCGAAAGUUUAAUUUCUAAUUAAUGGUGGGAUUUUGGUGUACGUGAUGAGUUGGUUAUUAUGGUUUAAGUUCAGUGUCACUUUGAAGUAUGAUUCAAGUUGUGACAGGUCACCGUUAUAUAUAUAACCUCGACUAAGAUGUCAUAAAUUUUGAAUC